UCCCACAUGACCUCUGACUUUGCAAUUGUGAUUUUUGUUGUUUAGAACAUACUUGCUUUUGUUAUUUAAGAAAAAAGCUCCAUUUCAUUUCAACUCAUUUAAAUUCUUUCCCACUGAAGACCAAAAGACAACAUGGUAUUUUGAGGGGCUAAUUAGGAGAUUGGUGGUGACAUUUUAGCAAAUCCUAUUCCCUGCUGGGAAAUAUUAAUUCUCUCUUUUAUAAUUUUUGGGCAAGACGCAAAUAUCCAGGGAAACAAAGCCUUUUAAAUAUAGUUAUUUUGAGGCACUUGGGUUUUUAACAGUUGAUAGGUAAAUACUGCUAACCAGAGACAAUGACAAAAGGAAAACCUCUAACUCAACACUGAGUUUGUCAGUUUGUCACCUGGUACCUGCCAACAGAAAAAGGUGCUGACCUAUUUCACAGACUUUUUCCAACUGAGAUAGCAGAAACCAAACUGAACAACCCUGACUUGGAUUUUUAACUUGGAACAGUAUUACCACACAGGGCUGAAUACUGAAAUCAUCAAGUUCAUUUGUUUUGUGUGGAUCAGGAGUCCUUAUACAACAGAACAGCCAUAUUUCCAGUUAAAAUACUUGGUAGGUAUUCCUCAGAAACCUUCCAAGCACCUGCACAAAUAUAAAAAAUAUCAAUGGGGAAUGCCUGGAAUACUAUUAUGUGACCCUGGAAAACUGCUUAUUGAAAGAACAUUUUAUAAAUGGACUUUCUAUUCAGCGCUAUGAGCACCUGACUUACAAUAAAUAAGAGUUGACAGAAGAAGUAAUUAAAAAAGCUACACUUCUGGAAUAGCAACAUGUGCAAACAAUGGAGAAAAUGUUUAAUUAAAUAAAAAAAAAAUAAAAAAAGAGGACCUUUUUCUUUUCCCAGUUCUUACAUUUCAGCAUGAUAUCUGUAUUCGGCUUUCUUUGGUUGUUUUCACUUGAAAUGCCUCACCCUUGAUAAAAGCCGCCAGCCUGUCACAGCCUCAUGCCUUCAGCGGCCGUGGUGAUGCAAUCAUGUGGGCAGUGACCUUUUUAACUCAAACAGAGUGUGUUUCGGCAGGGCAGCGCUGGAUUCUUCUUUCAGCUCUCUUUGCUGUUCUCUGCCCCCCGCCGGGACAAAAUCACCGUCUUUAUUUUCAGCAUUCAGGCCGAAGAGAGCUGGAUAUCUCCCCCGCCUCCGGGCCGCGAAAGCAUUCCCGAUGAUCAUCGGAACAAGCCACCACUUAGCAGGCUUCUGCACUGUGCUUUCCUACAGCUCUAGUACACACACUAGCACACUGCUUACAAUUAAUAUCCCGAUUAAUUGAAACAGUUUUAAAUUUUUAAUUAACGAGAAAAGGGAACCGGAGGCAGGAAGAGGGCGCAGGCGGGACCCGCACGAUAGCCCGUGACCACCCAGGGCACGGCCGCCCCUCAGCCGCCCUGAGGCGCCUCCCGUGUUGGAAAGGAUUGAUUAUAUAAUUUAGAACCAGCGAACAUUAUUUUGAUAGAAACGCAUAAAUUGGUGAGAAAGUUUUUUAUCAGCUUCUGUGUGAAGGCCGAAAUGCUCUCGGGCACGCACAUGAGGCUCCAGGCCUGGCUGACGUACGUGAAGGGUUUCUUUUUCCCGACGAUUCCGGGACAGUUAGCGAAGGCCGCAGCUCGCGCCGGAAAUCACGUGACCCAGGCCGCGAGCAGGGCCCCCCUCCCUCGCAGCGGCCUUGGGGGCGCCGCCCGCGGCCGCCGGCGGUACUGCAGCGCCCGGGCCCGCCCCGCCCCCUGCCCCCGCCGGGCGCACGCGCGGUGCGGGCGGGAGCGGGAGCGGGACGGCGGCGGACGCGGCGUUCCCGGUGUGGGCCCCACCGAACCCCGUCUCCCGGCGGACACAGAGGGAGCGGCCGCGGGGGUACAGCGGGGGCACAGCGGGGAAUGCUGAGCGCCCCCCGGGGCCGUGCAGCCUGCGAGGAGACCUCGCCUGUCGGCCCCGCAGCGCGGCGGGAGAGAACCGCCCGCCCGAGCCAGUGUGGAAAAAUGGCAAAGAGAAUUGCAGAGAAGGAACUGACUGACCGAAAUUGGGACCAGGAGGAUGAAGCUGAAGAGGUCGGAACAUUCUCUGUGGCAAGUGAAGAGGUCUUGAAGAACAGAGCUAUCAAAAAAGCAAAACGCCGAAAUGUUGGGUCAGAGUCUGAAAGUGGAGGAGCUUUUAAAGGGUUUAAAGGCUUUAUAUUGCCUUCUGGAAAAGGAGGAGGUGGCUUCAGUGGAUUUGGUAAUGGUGCAGGAAUAAAGCCUUUGGAAGGGCUGUCUAAUGGAAGCAGUAGUAUCUCUAGUACUCCUUCUUUCAGCAGUUUGAAGAGCACCUCUGAAACACAAUCAGCAUUUGGAUCCCCAAUGUCAAAUGGUCCCAAUGCUGCUGUGUUUGCUGAGAAAAACGCCGUGAGCCCAAGAGCCAACGGUGGCAGCCAGCCCUGCUCAUCUGGCAGCACACUGAGCACGGCCCAUGGCUCCAGCACCUACCACAAACAGCUGGCUGCCCUCAACUGCUCCGUGCGUGACUGGAUCGUGAAGCAUGUUAACACCAACCCCCUGUGCGACCUGACCCCCAUCUUCAGGGACUACGAGCAGUAUUUGGCCAGCAUUGAGCGGCAGCAUGGAGGCAGCAGUGACAGCGGCUCAGAGAAUGAAAGCAGCAAGACCCCUGGCCCGCGGGCUGUUCCUGUGUUUGGGAGUUCAAAGCUCCAGCAAGGCUCCACUUUUUUGUUUAGCAACAAAACUGAGGAUACCUCAGACAAAAAACCUGAAGCUGCAUCAGAAAAAAGAGACCCAUUGUUAGGAGCUACAUCAACUGUCUCGUUGAAUUUCGGCAAGAGUGUUGACAGUUCUGUUUUGGGAUCCCUUGGUUCAGGAACACUAAGUAGUUUCUCAUUUUCUCCUGGGAAUUCAGGUUUGUUUGGAAAAGAUGCAAACCAGGCUAAGUCUGUCACUGAAGCAUCCACCAGUUUACUGGAAACCCACACAGACAGUGGCAAUAGUGAUGACAAAGGAGGGGAAGAAGAGGAAGAGGAGCCACCAAAAGUCAUUGUUAAUGAAAUAAAAGAAGAUGAUGCUUUCUACUCAAAGAAGUGCAAACUGUUCUACAAAAAGGAUAAUGAAUUUAAAGAAAAAGGUGUAGGAACAUUACAUUUAAAACCAGCAGGAAAUGAAAAAACUCAACUCUUAGUACGAGCAGAUACCAAUUUAGGAAAUAUACUGUUGAAUGUUCUAAUUCCGUCUAAGAUGCCAUGUACAAGAACCGGAAAAAACAAUGUUCUUAUAGUUUGUGUUCCUAAUCCACCGAUCGAUGAGAAGAAUCCAGCUGUUCCUGUCACUAUGCUAAUAAGAGUGAAAACAAGUGAGGAUGCAGAUGAGUUGCACAAAAUCUUACUGGAGAAAAAGGAGGCUUAAAUAAGUUGCAGUCCGUAAUUUGAGGAUUUAUUGCCAAACUGCUGCUGCUCUUUUUUUCUUCCCUAACUUCACUUGAACAUUUAAUUCUUUAUUCUGAUAUUAAGAACUGUUACAGGAAUUUUGGAAAAAUGAUGUGAGGAAAAGCUAAACUAGUUAAUAAAAGCUUUAAUAGAACACAAGUUUUGGACUGUGCUCCCUCAUUUUCACUAUCUAAAUGCAGGACCUCUUCUGGAUAAAGCACAUGGAUAUAAAUCCGAGUAUAUGAAUUUAGCAUCAGUCAACCAAAUGGACAGAAAUCUGCGUACAAAAACAUGGUACCAGAGCUUCCUCACAGACUGUAAUACAAUGCAGCCGCCUCCUGUUUUGGGAAGGGAGUCUGUUGAAGUUUACCUGUUGCAACUGUUUAUAGACCAUAGAUUUUUAAUUUGUCUAUUGUAUUCUGGUGAGACUUGACUUUUUAGACUCAGUGACAGUACUGCACCCCGCCAGUGAUGAUCUCCAUUGUGCUGGGUAUGUACCCUUGCAGACCCACGUGCUUUCAGGACUCAGAGACUGCAGAUAUUUAUAAGAGAAUUUGCUUGCCUAUUCUUGUUGAGAGUAGUGGUUCCUUCAGAGGAACUGUCAGUUCUGUUCUUACUGUAGCAACAAGCAAAGGAUGUGCAAUAUAGUACAAGCAGACAACUGGAAGAAGUUUUAUCCUGCACACGCUGGCAUCCCCUGGCUUCUGACAGGUCAAAGGGUCGCGCUUCCACGUGAUCCUUCCGAGGUGUUUGUCCCUAGUCCCGGAACACAGCCAAGGCAGAGCUGGACGUGCUGCACUGGUCCUGCUGCUGGUACUUUGCUGAAGAGAGUUCUUUCUGCCAACCAACUUCAGGACUUUUAAAGACCUUUCUGUUGCCUGUGGCCCUUGCCAGGAGACACAUGCACAAGGAUGCGUGUCAGUAUGUAUUUUUCCAUGUGAUAAAAAUGCUAUGCUGCACUGCAUUAAGUAAAGCAGCAGAGUGCAGCUUUUGCAAAAGCUUUCUGUUGCAUGUGGGGAGCAUGGGGUAAUUUGUAAACAUAGUUUUCAGCUGUAAUAAUAUUAACCUGGUGGCAAUAAUUUGGGGAUCAGAACAUUCAUUCUGGUCUUGGUUUCGCUCUCAACUUUGUCACUGUGUUUGGUGGUUUAAUCCUUUUCUUUUUUUCAAAUGUUUGCUGGAAACUCCUUCCCUAGUAACUUUUUCUACUUUGCUUCCAACUCUGGGACUUCUCAAGAGCUUGAUGUUAAUAUGAAACUUGAACUGCUCUCAGAUGUGUCACACUGAUCAGCUCUGGCAAGAUGGAACAAACAUGCUGUUUUGCCUCUGGCUAAUGUGACACAGAGGAAAAGAAAAACCCCUUUCCUUAAUGAAAGUCAAUGUGACACAAUUCAUAUAGGUGACCUGGAAAUCCAGCACAGUGCCAUCCUGUGGGCAGGGAACAAGGAAUAACACCAUUUGAUGAGGUGCAGCACAUCUCACCUGCACCCCUGCUCUGGGGGGGGAGCAAAUGGCCUCUAGGCCUAAUUCACUGCACAAUUCAGGUUAUGGCCUUUUUUUCCCCCUCUUUAUUAAAAGGAGGAAAAUCUUGAUUUUAUCUAUAGCCCUGUUGACCAAAGUUCCAAAAAAAAACGAAGGCCUUUACUCACAUUUCAGCCAUGCUUAGUGUAUAAGAAUUGCAUUUUUAACACUGGAGUGUGAAGGGAGCUUAGAUGCCAUUUGAGAUAUUUGAAAAAUGAACUGGUGCCUUUUGGGGUUUCUUUUUGCAUCUGGCUAAGUACUUAAAACAUUAAAAGUCAGUGACAUUGCUUUCCUUAAAAUAAGAUGCUUUUUUAAAAAAUAAGUCUUGCUGCUACCUAAAUUGUAGGGCCAAAGCUGACAGGUGUUUCUAAAUGUGUAUGAAUGAAAAGCAGAAUGCUGCCUAACAGUUUAGUCCAGACUGUGGUCCAAGGGCUCAGUUAAUUUUGCAUUUGUCUUUUUGACUGUAGUGUCUUAACCCUGUCUCUGUACAGAAAGAUUUAGAGACCGAGCUCUGGUUGUACAUCUCAUAAAGAACAGCUCUGUCUAUAAAAGCUUGGCCUUGUCUUCGCUUGAUUCCAAAAGCUCAUGGAUUUGGAACUCUUUCUUCAUCCUUAGAAAUGUGGACCAACAAACUGAACUUAACACAUUUUUCCUUACGCUUUGCCUCUGAGGAGGGGCAGCUGUGGGACUUUGCACACAUGGAUGUGGCCCAAUUCUGACAAUACACCUCUGGCCUGUUUCUAAGCAGAAGGCACAGAGUGAAUGGAAAAAUAAGUAGAAGAAUAAUAAAUUGUGUUGCAAAGAAUUAAACCUUACCCUAGCCAUCGUAGCAAGUAACACUUGAAUUCAUCUCCGCAUGUAUUUAAUCAGUAAAGCCAGGGGAAGGUAAAAAAUUAGUAUGUCUCCUUCAUGGAAUGUAAAAUAUAUGCAUAAACAUGCAAUUUUGAACAUUUUAUGUGGGGGAAAUUGCCUCUAAAAGAACAGGGAAGAAUUUCCCUGCACACCAGAUUUUAAUCAACAUCAAUUCAUGGUGACCAUGCCAUUAUGUGGACUAUGAAGCAGGAAAAGUUAGUCACACAUUGACAAACUUGGUGCUCAGGUAUAAAGCAGUCCUUUUCCAGCACUGUUAGAAAUUUUUGAUGAUGCUUCAGUUUCUAUCUAAAAAAUACUAAAAUACAGAAAUGCUGUGAAAGGCCAGAGAUUGUUAAAUAGAAAUAAAGGCCUUAAAUGAAAAUUUCAUGGAGAGCACAGACAUCAGUGUACUGCUGCCUUCAUAACAAACUGGCACAUGCUAUCCAAGGAAAGAAUUUUGAUCAGAAUUCCAACUCAGCCAUUCCUGUGUCUUGGUUUGUAAUGUAUUUAACAGCUGGAUAUCAGAUACCUGAUCUGAAAGAUGAAAGUUUCUGCCCCAAUUAAUGCCUUCAUUGUUCCAGCUGUAUGUAGAUGUUAGAGUGUCUUAUCCAUUUCUCCUCCUCUGAUUUUGAAGUUUCAGCUGGAAAAUAAACAGAUUGCUUCUUUUAAUUCUCAGAAUAAUUUCUAAGGGAGAUUAUUUCAGUUGGCUUGAAUUUUAUUUUAAAAUAUUAAAUUUCAGUAUUCAAGGUUUAGUUUUUUUGGGGGGUUCUUUUGGUUUUGGUUUUUUUUUUUUUUUUGGCAAUGUAUUCAAAAUUAUCUACUUGGGAGGGCAACGAUGUGUUCCUCUAAGGCCUUUUGGUUGAUGGAUAUGAAAGUUUUUAUUAAAUUUACAAUGAACAAUUAAACUUUCAAAUUAACAUCCUGUAGACCAUAAACCAAUCAGGAGGAUUGCUUUGCUAUUAAACUGAAGUUCAGCUCCCUUUGCAGCACUGUAACGUUUAGACUGUCGUUAAAGACUUCCUUUCUGAUGCCUUAACUUAUUUGCAUUUGAUAAAAUUUUGUAGCUGGUGCCUGUGUGCAGAAAUUAACUGACAUGAAACAAUUUAAAGUGGCAUGAGCUAGUCUAAAUCCAAUGAAAAUGCUGAAUGUGAUGAUUUGUUAGUAGAUUUCAAAAUGCUCUGAAUUUUUCAGUGGAUACUUAAGUUUUACAUAACAUGUACGUUAAUGUUUUCAUUAGUUCUGAUACACUGAGGACAUGUACAAAAAUCCAUGGAAAAUGUGAAUAAAUGAAUGGAAGAUUCA